GUAGGAUGUUCGCUCUGUAAGUGUCUCUGCAGGUUGUAUGUCUUACUGUUCUUGUUUUGUUUUAUAUCAAAGAGACCAAAAUAAAAUGAUUGAUUGAUACUUACAGACUUUACAGAAUAGUAGCAAAUCACUGACGCUGAAGUAAAUCCUUGCUCUCAAUGCAAACCGUAUAGUAUUUAUCUACUCUUAAACAGAAUGGUGCAUCAGAUUGAGAACUUUUUUGGUUGCUACUUACUGUAUUGCAAAAACCCAAAGUAUAAGGGACGGACUUACAUUGGUUUCACAGUUAAUCCCAAGAGAAGAAUAGCUCAACAUAAUGCUGGAAAGCACAAGGGUGGAGCAUGGCGCACCAGUGGUAGAGGACCAUGGGAUAUGACACUAAUUGUUCAUGGAUUUCCAUCAGAUAUUGCAGCAUUAAGGUUUGAAUGGGCCUGGCAACAUCCUGAAGCAUCAAGACGACUCAAACAUGUAACAAGAAAGAGCCGAAAAGAGACUGCAUAUCAAUACAGAGUGAGAAUACUUUCACAUAUGGUAUGUGAGAGACCUUGGUCAAUUUUGCCUCUAACCGUCCGAUGGUUAAAGCAAGAAUACUAUACAGAGCUAUGUCCUACUCCACCUUCUCACAUACCACUGGCAUUUGGUCCAGUAGAUGUGAAGAUGCCAACAAAGUGUCAAAAGAAAAAAACAGACAUUGUAAAUACAAAGGACCCUGAAACAGACCAUACAGAAUACACUUCACUUCUCGAACGAAUGGAACAAAAGCUGAAAGACUUGAAAGAUGCAGAUACAAUGGCUGCGUCUGCUACUCACAUUAAAUGUAGUUUAUGUAAAGAGUCCAUCACAGAAGGUUCUGCUCUAAAGUGUGUUGAGCAAUGUUCAUCCUCAUUUCAUAUACAUUGCCUUGCUGAAGAUUUUUUAAAGGACAAACUUCACGAAAUUAUUCCUGUUGAGGGAUUUUGUCCAAUAUGUAAGGAAUUGCUUCUAUGGGGAGAUUUAAUAAGAAAAUCAAAGGGAUUUUAUCAAUAUUUGGGAGAGGAUCUUUGAUAUCACAUGACAUGUAUAUGAAAAUUACCCAAAUAUCUCUGUUACAUUGCUUCCAUUCCAGUGUUUAUGAUAAGUGUGUGCCAUACCCUAUUCUGCCACUGUGAGGUUUUGAUAAAUAUAUAAAAAAAAUUCAUGAUUGGGUAUGGUAUCAGGAGUGCUGAUUAAGUAGCAAGUUAUAAAUAAUUUCUUGGUACAGUUGUUGUGGUUAUGACAGGCGUCUUAGCUAAAACAUUUACAAAAUUUGCUAGACUGAAUACAGGGUUUAGAGACCACAUGUUGGCAUAUUAGCACAUGGGAAUUAGGAAUAUGGGCACGACUAAUGACCUGGUUAGUUUAAGCUGAUAAAUGACGUUAUUUUGUUCACAUUUCCACAUACCUUUGCCACUUCAUUGUUGAUAGGAA